AUGACCCAUUGGUACGUACCCGUACCUUCCACCUGGGCAGCCUGGCACCUGGCAAUUGCCAGGUGUUGCCUCCCUGCACCUAGUCCCUCUGAGCCCAACGUAGGCUACUUCCCGUGUGCCAAGCUGAAUCAAACGCUGUCGCCCUACUAUUCCGGUAACUGCCAAAAGAUCCGCCAGUUCUGGCACUAUGUGCCAGAACUGCACUACAUAUGA